AUGGGUCGAGUCAUCCGAGCUCAACGUAAGGGUCCGGGUUCCGUCUUCAAGGCCCACACCCACCACCGAAAGGGUCCCGCCAGAUUCUGCAGCCUCGACUUCGGCGAGCGAAAUGGCUACCUCAAAGGUGUCGUCACUGAAGUUAUCCACGACCCAGGCCGUGGUGCGCCGUUAGCUCGAGUAGUGUUUCGUCAUCCUUUCCGUUACAAGAAGCAGAAGGAACUGUUCGUCGCUGCCGAGGGCAUGUACACUGGACAGUUCGUGUACUGCGGUAAGAAGGCUACCCUUGUGGUCGGAAACGUAUUGCCUCAACUCAACGUCGACCAUCACGUUGGAGAUUGUGGGGUUUUCGCUAGGGCUUCUGGGCCAGCCAGCCAUUUUUUGUCACUGAGGUUAUUUUCUCAUUAUGCUAUUGUUAUUAGUCACAACCCUGAUAACGACACCACCAGGAUCAAGCUCCCAUCUGGUGCGAAGAAGAUUGUUCCGAGUGGUUGUCGUGCCAUGAUUGGGCAGGUCGCUGGUGGUGGUAGGACUGAGAAGCCUCUUCUCAAAGCUGGUAAUGCUUACCACAAAUACAGGGUGAAGAGGAACUGCUGGCCUAAGGUGCGUGGUGUGGCAAUGAACCCAGUCGAGCAUCCACAUGGUGGUGGUAACCAUCAACACAUCGGUCAUGCUAGCACUGUUAGACGUGAUGCUCCUCCUGGACAAAAGGUUGGUCUUAUUGCUGCAAGGAGGACCGGUAGGCUCAGAGUUCAAGCUGCUGCUACUGCUGCCAAGGCUGAUAAGGCUUAGGGUAAAGGAUAUUACUUGGUUUUGGGUUUUUAUAAUUAUGUUGAAGAGUAUCAAGUACAUUUCUGUUUUAGAAUAUUUGGUUGAAUUUUCAGAUAAUUGUACUGUUUCGAGUUUGAGGAAUAUCUUAUGGUUUCAGUUUGGA